AUGAAAAAUCGAACCUAUGAACCGGGAAGUUUCGAGGAAAUGGCUUUCAAGCUUUAUAACACCUGCCAAUCCACCAAUUUCCGACUGACUAAUUAUUUUAAGACCGUGCUGCCGGACGUCAAUCUCCCCUGGCCUCAAGAUACUCCAGAUGGCAUCCCGUGGCCAAAGGAACGUUUCCAAUGGCUAGUGACUCUCGCCCGAAUGCACCGCUAUGGCAUGAAUGACGUGUUACUAGAUCUGAAAAUCAAAGUGGAUCGCGAGGAUCAUAGUGAGUACAUGGUAGUGAUCAAAGAACCCAACUCGAAUAAUGACUAUUCGUUCUGCUACGGCGACGAACUGUUCGACAAGUCACACUUAGUUGAAAAAGGAUUCAACACGAGUCAAGCUGAUUCCAUGUCCAAAGAUUUAGGCAAUCUUGAAUCAGCUUUCUAUAAAGUAGAUCGGAAGAAAGCCGAAUCAUAUAAGGGAAAGCGUUUGACUCUUCAGCAGCUAGAACGUGAUUAUGGAAUUUCCCUAGGAAAAUAUCUCGAAACUGUGUUCGAACGCCAGUUCGCGCCGAGCUUCCAGUUACAGAUCGAUAAUUUGGACUAUUUGGUGGAACUUUAUCAACUGUUGAGCACAUACAAUCAGGAGACUGUUGCCUGCUACCUUAUGCUACGAUUUGAUGAUUAUAUGAACUGGGCUCUCGCAUAUAAUAAUUGCGAUCAACUUGUACGAUCGAAAAUGUUGUUUGGAACCGAUAUGCUCUUCGAAGAACAUGUUCUGGGUGAGAAAAAAGUUCAAGAGUAUCAGGCCCAGGUCCCUCAAAUAUUUGGGGCGAUAAUCAAGUCAUUUAAACGAAGAUUGAAAGGGAAUCGCCUGAACUUACCGCUUUCCCAGAUAUCUUAUUUUCUAAAGUUUCUCGACGGAAUUUCCAUAAAUGUGGGGAGCAUGCCGAAUGACAGAGAUCACCGCCGCUUUGUGACAGAUUACUAUGCAGAUCUUGACUUCGAUGACGAUGACGAUUUGGAUACCAUGCGACUAAAGUUAUCCAUGUUACGCACUCGUCGGAUGUUGGAAAAACUGGAUCAUCCGGUGAGCUCAUCUUCGUUUAACCACGUGACACCCAAUGACGUGGACUUUAACACAAUCAACAUUCCCUAUACACUUUUGGCCGAACCUUUCUAUAUGACCCGUGGCCACGAAGUCUUUAAGUUCGGUGCAAUUGGCACAUUGAUCACUCAACGAGUACUGGAAGCUUUUCAUAACAUGGACGAAGACUUCGAUUGCGUGGAUCUUAUCAAUUUGGUGAAAUCUUUAGAUGAUCGCGAUUUUUCUACUAACAAAGAAUUUGGCUGCGGGGAUUCCUUUCUCAAGACAAGUGAUUGGAGAAUCGCAUUGGAACCAAUUCUCCUAAGUUUGGUUUACGAUGCCUACUUCUCCACAGAAUCCGGAUUUGAUCACUCGCAGCCUGUUUACACCGGUGUGCCUUUGAAGCAGCUUUUCUUUUUACAAAUAGCCCGGAAGCGUCUACUUAAAUUUACUUGGAUUAGUGAUUUCCAAUUCGACAAAUUCUUUUCAACCAUACCAGCUUUUACCGAGGCUUUUAAUUGCUCGAAUUCUUCUAUGAUACACCAGAGAUAAAAAAAAAUUCUUUUAAUCUUUAUCAAAUGUCAAAUGUCGCCUUUAAAUCUCCACUUUUUGCGAUUAUAAGAAG